CGACUAUCUUCCUCACUGUUCUCAGUGUGUCGUUGAAAGCGUCACGAUGCACCCGUCGGCGUCGGGACUUGUCCGGGCAUGGCUGCUUUCGGCGCUCGUUGUGCACGUUGCCGUUGCUGGCAAUCCUGACGCUAAAAGACUUUAUGAUGACCUCUUAUCUAAUUACAACAAACUUGUUAGGCCCGUUGUCAAUACUUCGGAUGUUCUGCGUGUGUGUAUCAAGCUCAAACUCAGUCAGCUAAUUGACGUGAAUUUGAAGAAUCAAAUUAUGACAACUAACUUGUGGGUAGAACAGUCAUGGUACGACUACAAAUUACGAUGGGAACCCAAGGAAUAUGGUGGUGUUCAAAUGCUACAUGUUCCAUCGGAUCAUAUUUGGCGACCAGAUAUAGUACUAUAUAACAACGCGGAUGGCAAUUUCGAAGUGACCUUAGCUACCAAGGCCACCAUCUAUCACCAAGGUCUCGUUGAGUGGAAACCGCCCGCUAUUUACAAGAGCUCUUGUGAGAUUGAUGUGGAAUAUUUUCCUUUUGACGAGCAGACUUGCGUACUAAAAUUUGGUAGCUGGACAUAUGACGGUUUUAUGGUUGAUUUGAGGCAUAUGGAUGAGAAAAUUGGAAGCAAUACCGUAGACGUAGGGGUGGAUUUAUCAGAGUUCUAUAUGAGUGUUGAAUGGGAUAUACUCGAAGUACCAGCUGUAAGGAAUGAGAAAUUCUACACAUGCUGUGAUGAGCCAUAUCUAGAUAUAACUUUUAACAUAACAAUGAGAAGGAAAACUCUUUUCUAUACAGUGAACAUCAUAAUUCCGUGUAUGGGCAUUUCUUUUCUAACGGUUCUCACAUUUUAUCUACCAUCAGAUAGCGGCGAAAAGGUGACGUUGUCAAUAUCUAUCCUCAUUAGUCUCCACGUUUUCUUUCUUUUGGUUGUUGAGAUAAUUCCUCCCACAUCAUUAGUCGUACCGCUUUUAGGAAAGUACUUGAUUUUUGCUAUGAUAUUAGUAUCAAUAAGUAUAUGCGUUACAGUAGUAGUUCUUAACGUCCAUUUUCGGUCUCCCCAAACGCACAAAAUGUCGCCGUGGGUGAAAAGAGUGUUUAUCCAUAUUCUUCCUAGACUUCUCGUUAUGAAACGACCGACUUAUAUUUUCGAAACAAGGAGUAAGUUCCUAUCUAGUCGAUUUAUUUCGAGAAGUCGGCAAUAUUCAACUUGCCUUUAUCCAUACCGGACAACAGUCCAAAGGGAAGAUAGUCCGAAAAAAAGAUACUUGACAAGUAGUAGGACACCCAGUAAGGAGGACUUAUCUCCAAGGUUGACUGACGGCGCUACAUUUGGCGGCAGCUGUCAAAUUCACGGACCGUUAAGCAGCACUUUGCCCUUAACAGAUAUAGAAGAUGAAAGUGGCCUUAAAAGUCCAAUAUUACAUAAUCCUGCCUACUCACACAGCAGGUGUCCUCCUGAAAUUCAUAAGUCAUGUUUCUGCGUACGAUUUAUUGCAGAACAUACCAAAAUGUUGGAAGAUUCUACGAAAGUAAAAGAAGAUUGGAAAUACGUAGCAAUGGUAUUGGAUCGAUUGUUUCUUUGGAUAUUUACAUUGGCGGUACUCGUAGGUACGGCGGGUAUUAUUCUACAAGCUCCGACUUUAUAUGAUGAUCGGCAGCCUAUAGAUAAGAAAUUUUCUGAAUUUGCCACCACGACGGUUGUUCGAUGUCCGCCUCAAAUUUGAAAGGACAUUUGAAUAUUUGAAAUACUACGUUUUAAAUAUUCAGUUAUCGUUUGAUCUAGUGAAUUUUAUUUGCGGAUGAAUGUUCAUACACAUUUCCUUCCUAUUUUAUGAAUUUUUCAUUAAAUCGUGUGAAUUUGGAACAAAUUUUUGAAGCGAAACUGGAUAAAUUAAUCGCGUUUAGCAAAAUUCAUAUUUCACUGGAUCAAACUAAAAUAUCCGAAGUACUGUUAUGUAAAUAAAAUCCGUUUAUAUGCCGUUUAAACGAAUUUAGCUUUUUGAGAACUAUUUUACAAGUUAAAACAAGAGAUACUCACUGUUUCAAUAAAAGUGAAUAUUUUAAAAAGAAAAUUAACAAAACUAUACGCGAGGUUUUAGUACCUAGAGUGUUCAUUUUUAAAUUUAUCUAAAUAAAUGGUGUCCAUAUUACAAACAUCGAAAUGAUAAAUAAUAUACAGUAGUUAUAUUUUUUAGAUACAUUUGUAAUUAGAAUUUGAUAUAUUAAUGUUUCUAAAUCUUCUUGAUUUUAAGUCUCUUCUGUUUCAAAAUUAGUUUUUUUAAUAAUUUUUGAAAGAUAGAUUAAAUUGACGUUUCGACUUUUCUUUAAGUCUUUGCCAAAAUAUUUUGAAACGUCAAUUCAAUCUAUCUUUCAAAAAUUAUUUAAAAAAAACUAAUUUUGAAACAGAAGAAAGUUUUAGAAACAUUAACAUAACAAAAGGUCUAAGAAAUAAGAAAUCAAAUAAACAUGAAUAUAUAGAAAUCGACCCAACUAAGAAAACACAUUCUUUUGCUAAAAAUCCAUUGUAUUCAUCAAUGUAAUCUCCUUCAAGAGCAAAACAACUUCUCGAUGCCGUGCUUAUAAAAGAAUUUGUCUUUUUCCUCAGUUGCAACAAUUGCUUCUUCAUUUGAACUGAAUUUCUUACCGGGCGAGCAAUUUUUUGUGAUCAGCGAAUAGCCAGUAAUCACUAUAGGCCAGAUCUGGAAUAUACGGUGGAUGAGGAAUCAAGUAUUCGAUAUAACCAAGGUUGCCAUCAACUUGUGAAUCAGUGGUUUUUUCUUCGACAUACGAAGACUAUUUUUCUUGAUUUUUGCAUUCAAACGAUCAGACAACUCUAUGUAGUAUUCGCUAUUGAUUGUCUCUACCUUUUGGAUGAACAAUAUUCCAAAAUACUGGAGCCGUAACCUUUUCAGCUGACUGUUGCGCUUUUGAACGCUUCGGACGUGGUUCACCGGCUGUAAUCCACUCAGAUGAUGAUCGUUUUGUGAAGAGUGAAGUGAUGUAUCCACGUUUCAACCAUUGUCACAUAUCGACGCAAAAAAUUUGAUAUAUUAGGUGUAAACAUGGCCAAAGACAGCUGUGAAUCUUCAAAACAUUGUUUCCUUCAGUUCUUUAUAAAUUGCCUCACAAACAAAAGGAAUGAAACGAAAAUUUUCCCCAAUAUCUACGUAUCUCAGUGUUACCAUGAGUUUCUGAUCUGCUGAUAUUACGUCUGUCGCCAAGAUUUUUUCAGUUAUCUUAUGUUUUAUUUUUCUUAUGAGUUUUUUAAAUGUUUCUUCAUCUAUUCUCGAAUAAUUUUGUGUUUUUUCGUCGAAUUAGCUAGCUAAACUCAUGCUUCACCGCCUGAGUGCUUUUUUCUGUCCAUCAGACUUCAAAAGCAAAACAGCAGCAGAUAUAAUUAUCUCCAGUGAUGCACUGAUCACUUUUUUUCUUGUUUACUCUACUUUUAGCUUUUUUAUUUUCAUUCACAAAUAUUAAAUAAAAAUUGAGGUUAGGAAUUUUUACUUAUAUAAUUUAUGAUGUAAUGUAAAGUGAAUUCAACAUACUAUUUUGUAAUUUCUAUGUUUGUUUUGGGACAUCUUUUGUUAAUAUCGAGCCGGCGAUAAAACCGGAUUUGUUUGUUGAAUGAAAUUUUAAUUUUGAAAAUUUCUGAUUUUGUUAUGAAAUUAAUAGUGCGUAUUGUAUUAUCACGAACGGUUCAAUUAUUGAAUAAUUUAUUAUAUAAUUAUGUGAUUUUGUCGAAAUAUUAAACGGAACUAUAAGUACGGCCUGAUGUAACUUGAAAGCAAUGAGUGUGCCGAAAUGGAUCAACUUAAAUUUUACAAACUAUCUUAGCUACACAAUUCAAAUACAGUUUUCUAAUUGAAAUGAAAGUUAAAACAUUUCCUUAUCAGGAACAUUUUCACGUUAUAAGUUCGAUACUUUCUAGAAUAGACGUCAAAUAUGAUUAUUUUCUAAUUUUUCGUUUAUAAUGAUAGAUUUUUGAUCUUAAUAAAACUUAACUGUGGAACUAACUCAUACUGACACUUAUAAUCAGUAUACUGUGGCAAAUCAUCAUAAGUAGAUUGAAUCUAGAACAGAACUGCCAAAUUAUCAAGAUUCACUUCCAUUAGUUCUUCUUAUUCUUACGGCGUCGUCUCUUUACGUAGGUUGACGAUCCAAAUGGCUAUUUUUCUGUAGACGUCUAUCCGAGCUAUCUGCGCAAGUCUAUCAGGCUUGAAUUUUGUCUACGGCCGACCGAUUGUUUUCCUUCGAUCUUUCCUUCUAUUAUCAGGCGAACGAUCUCUUAUCGCUCGCCUCUCAUUAUAUGUCCUAGGUACAGCAACUUUCCUCUAUGGUUGUCUUAUAUUUCAUAUAAGAUACAUUUCGAACGCAUUAAUUUUCUUCUCUGAUGCCGCAUCCAUACAUCCAACUUUCGCAUCCGUACAGAAGAACAGAAAAAAUGUAGCAGCGAAACAUUCUGGUCCGGAGUUCCAGGCUGAGGUUGCGGUUUGCCAGAAGUGACCUCAUGUUGUUCAGUGUUUUCCGCGCUUGCUCAAUUCUUAAUCUGAUUUCGAGUUUUGGGUCGCAUUGCUGGUUGACGAGCGUGCCCAGGUAUCUUAGAAAUGACACUUGUUCAAUAAUCUCUCCAUGGACUCUUAGGGUGACGUUUCUUUCUAUUUUUGAGAAUACCAAUCGUUUGGUCUUGAACGUAUUCACAUAGAGGCCGAAUUGAAGUUCUGAUAGGCUAUUGGCCACUACCACGGUAUCAUCUGCGUAACGAAGAUUGUUUAUAAUGUUUCUAUUGACCUUUAUGCCAGCAGUUGUAUUUUCGAGGACUUCGCUGAAUACUGCCUCAGAGUAGAGGUUAAACAGUAGGGAAGACAAUACACAUCCUUGUCGCACGCCUCUUCUUAUUGCUAUCUCUUCUGAUGUGCACCCUUCGAUUUUGACUGUUGCUGUUUGGUGCCAGUAAAGUCCGGUUAGCUCUUAAUUUACGUAAAUUUCAUUUUAUAGCAUACUUGAAUACUAAAAUUAGUCGCCAAUCAUUUGUCGAACUGCAGAUAGAGUUCAAAUAAUAUGUUCUAUAAAUGAUGUACUAUUAUAAACAUGUCGUAAAAGUUUUUGCUCUGAAGAGAAUAUCGUCGCUGUGAACGAAAGUGACGAAAAAUAUCCAAACUCAUCGAUUCACAUUGAGACCAUCAUAUACGUCGUACUUUCAUCAAUUGUUUCCUAGAUCCUAUCUUGUAUCACGAAUUUUUUGACAUUACGAGAUUGUUUAUAAAAAAAUUUUCAUAUCUAUAGAGAAAACAAUCCAGAGAAUUCAUUAAAAACGGAAAAUACACCGUAGUAGUAUCACCUACGAGACGAGACUUGACUUAUCUCGCAAAAAAGAGAACAAUCUCGUAACGAGUCCCGUCUCGCAAUAAAUGUAUCGUCUCAUGUCACGAAUUCUCGCGAUUUUUUAUGUUUCCUAUGAGUUCAAAUUUUGAUUUUAAUGAACACAUGGUGAUCUAACAAAAAAAUUGAGAAAAUUGAUCAUAGAUAUAUAGUAUAAUAGUAGUACACGUGGAAAUAUCUCGGAAAAGUCAAAAAGGUAAACUUUGCGUAACAGCUAUUGUAAAAACAGGCUGCUCGUUAUUAUGCAGCCUCAAAAAUAUGUUUCAAUAACUUUCGCAAUUAUUAAUAUUUUCCAUUUUUAUCUGCGAUACUUCAAAAUUUUUGAGAGACUCUUACGUGAAAUUUGUGAAAGCUUCGUCUUGUUUCACAAGAAACAUUUUGAGUAUCGUCUCGAGUCUCGUAUCGAAAACGAAAAGAGACUUUCACCAACUAGAAUAUCGUGAGCAACACUAAUCGUUAGCCUUAUUUGAAAAAAUAACGAAGCGAGGACUCAUGAACAAUAAUUUUUGGUUCCUUGUGUAAUAUUUUUCUUAUUUAUUUAUACGAUUUCUAUAGUGGAGUGAAUUAAUGGAUACUCUCUCUUACAUUAUUAAUUUAUUUAAACACUACACUAACUUACAAUAAUUCACUUAUUACUUUCACUUCACUUUUUACUUAAAUCAUUCUUCGAUUACUGAGAUAAUACUGAGUGGAUCCCAGUAAAACAUACUUUUGCGGGUUGCGUCAGUCUUCAGAACAACCUCUGCAGUUGAUAAUACACAAAACACCAAUAGACCUAAUGAUUAUCGAAAGAAACUAUAUACAUGAGAACACCGAGAACGAAAAAAAACAUAAAAGAAAA